GUACCUCACACUGAGGACAAGGUUCCUCAUGCUGAAGACAAGGCUCCUCAAGCUGAGGACAUGGUACCUUACACUGAGGACAAGGUUCCUCAAGCUGAGGACAAGGUAGGUCACACUGACCACAAGGUACCUCACACUGAGGACAAGGUUCCUCACUCUGAGGACAAGGUUCCUCACGCUGAGGACAAGGCACCUCACACUGAGGACAAGGUUCCUCUCGCUGAGGACAAGGUUCCUCACGUUGAGGAGAACGUUCCUCACGCUGAGGACAAGGUACCUCACACUGAGAACAAGGUACCUCACGCUGAGGACAAGGUUCCUCACGCUGUGGACAAGCUUCCUCAAGCUGAGGAAAAGAUACCUCACACUGAGGACAAGAUACCUCACACUGAGGACAAGGUACCUCACACCGAGGACAAGGCUCCUCAAGCAGAGGACAAGGUUGCACACGCUGAGGACAAGGUUCCUCACACUGAGGACAAGGUUCCUCACGCUGAGGUCAGGGUUCCUCACGCUGACAACAAGGUUUUUGAAGCUGAGAACAAGGUACCUCACCCUGAGGACAAGGUUCCUCACGCUGAGGACAAGGUUUCUCAAGCUGAGGAGAAGGCCCCUCACACUGAGGACAAGGUUCCUCACGCUGAGGAAAAGGUACCACACACUGAAGACCAGGUACCUCACACUGAGGACAAGGUUCCUCACGCUGAGGACAAGGUUCCUCACGCUGAGGACAAGGUACCUCUCAAUGAGCACUGGUUUUCUCAAACUGAGGACAAGCUACCUCACCCUGAGGACAAGGUAUUUCACUCUGAGGAGAAGGUACCUCACACUGAGGACAAGGUUCCUCACGCUGAGGACAAGGUUCCUCAAUCUGAGGACGAGGUACGUCACACUGAGGACAAGGUACCUCACACUGAGGACAAGGUACCUCCCACUGAGGACAAGGUUCCUCACGCUGAGGACAAG